AUGCCACCAAGAAGAGCAGCUUCUUCACAAAACAGUCAGGCUAAUGAUGAUGUACCUCCAAUUGAGGGUUUGCCUCCUGUGAGUGCAGAAGGGAUCUAUAGGUAUCUUGGGACACUAGCUGGUUUAGUUGAACGCCAAGCUCGAGCUGCUGGGACUAAUGUUCAGGGACAGUCUUCAUCUUCUAGGGGUAGCUCUUUUGAUGACUUCAAGAAAUUGGGUCCUCCUUACUUUUCUAGUGCUACAGAUCCCACAGAGGCAGAGGCUUGGAUCCUUAAGAUGGAGAAAUUCUUUGGUGUAAUAGAUUGCUCUGAGGAGCAAAAAGCCUCUUAUGCAGCUUUUAUGUUAGAUAAAGAGGCAGAUCAUUGGUGGCGUAUGACUAGGAGACUUUUGGAGGAUCAGGUACCCAUAACAUGGAGACAAUUUAGGGAGGCUUUCUACAAGAAGUAUUUUCCUAACAGUGUUAGGCGGCAGAAGGUGGGAGAGUUUAUUCGUUUGGAACAGGGGGAUAUGACUGUGGCUCAAUAUGAGGCUAAAUUUACAGAGUUAUCACGUUUUUCCCCACAAUUGAUUGCUACAGAGGAGGAAAAGGUAUUAAAGUUUCAGGAUGGAUUGAAGCCUUAUUUGAAGAACAAGAUAUCUAUUCUGAAGCUUGGUGUCUAUUCAGAGGUUGUUGAUAGAGCCCUUAUAGCAAAGAAAGAUAAUGAGGAGCUUCAUUAG